AUAAUUGUAACAUAUUUCCGCGACGUGACGGUCAGCAUCUGGGUGUCGCUCUCAGCAUUUUUCUUCCUUUAAUGACUUCGAUCAAUACUGAUCAUCACGGCAAUUUAAGAAAAGUGCUUUAGGCUUUCAGAUGCAGCUUUGAACAAACUAUCCUUUGAAUAGAGAUCCAGCAACAUUUUUCUUACAGUUUUCCAGAAAGUGUCUCUGUGCUUGGUAGCGUUUUUUCUUCUGUGGGUGUCGUGAAAUUCAGUUCUGAUGUCACAUUUUGCCUUAGAAAAGGAGCUUUCAAGUGCAUUGAGAAUGGAUGGACCUAUACAGAAGGGUCCAGCAAUGAGAUGGCAGAGAAAACAAGAAAGUGGUGAUGGUAACCAGUCUGUUAAUGUGAGUCUUAACGUUAGCUGUGGACCUUCAAAAACGCCAAUGAAAAGCGCUAGUUCAAAUCGGUCCAUGGCUAAAACACCAUCAACUGGAGGUUCAGGUGGUCACAAGACACCAAAAUCUGGCGGUAAAAAGACACCUGGUAAAGGUGCUAAGACACCAAAUGGUGGGGAUAGAUUCAUUCCUAACCGUAAUACAACCCAGUUUGAACUUGGCCACUAUAAAAUCAUGCAGGAAGCAAACCAAGUGCAAUCAUCUGAGGAUGCGGAGAUGAUGAGUCCAAGUAAAUUAGAGUACCAGAAAGUGAUGAAUGAAAACCUCAACGGAGAUUUAAACAACAAAAAGAUUAUCUCAUACAAGACAAAAGCACCAUCAGCACCUGAAGGUCAUUACAACAAUCUACAAGUUUUGUACAGUACAUGUAAAACACCAGCUAGUACAGCGAAGAAAACUUUACGUAACAUUCCACAGGUGCCAGAGAGAAUCCUUGAUGCUCCUGAAAUCAUUGAUGAUUACUACUUGAAUCUACUAGAUUGGUCUGUAAACAAUCACUUAGCCGUUGCUCUUGGUAGCAAUGUGUAUCUUUGGAAUGCCUCUUCCGGUGAUAUAACUCAGUUACUGCAGCUUGACAACCCUGAGGAAUAUAUAGGUGCUGUAUCAUGGGUGUCAGAGGGAAACAUUUUAGGAGUAGGAACCAGUGGCGGAGAAGUUCAGUUAUGGGAUGUAGCACAGCAGAAGAGAUUACGUAAUAUGGCAGGUCAUGCUGCACGGGUUGGCUCACUGUCGUGGAACUCCUACAUUCUGAGUAGUGGGUCUCGAGAUGGUAACAUACAUCACCAUGAUGUGAGAGUAUCCCAGCAUCACGUUGGUACCCUGUCCGGUCACACACAGGAAGUGUGCGGGUUGAAAUGGUCUCCAGAUGGCAAGUACCUGGCCAGCGGUGGCAACGAUAACCUCCUCAAUGUCUGGUCUUCUCAGAUGUCAGUGUCAACAGAUACUGCUGUACAGCCAGUACACACAUUCUCACAACAUCUUGCUGCAGUCAAGGCAGUAUCUUGGUGCCCAUGGCAACAUAAUGUUCUUGCUAGCGGAGGUGGUACAGCUGAUAGACAUAUUAGAUUUUGGAAUGUUAGUAAUGGAAGUUGUCUUAAUGCAGUGGAUACAAAAUCUCAGGUCUGUGCUAUUCUGUGGUCCAAGGAAUACAAAGAGUUAAUAACCAGUCAUGGUUUUGCACUCAAUCAACUCACAAUCUGGAAAUACCCAGCAAUGACAAAAGUAGCUGAACUAACAGGUCACACAUCAAGAGUGCUGCAUAUGGCAAUGUCUCCGGACGGUACUACAGUGGUGUCUGCAGGAGCAGAUGAAACUCUAAGACUGUGGAAAUGUUUUGCUGUAGAUACACAGAAGAAAAAAGCACAGAAAACUACUUUAAAAGACAAAGACAGUUCUAUUAUUCAGUUGUCCAUGAUUAGAUGAUGGUGAUAAUAUUGUGCUAUUUGAGACAAGUGAGAACAUUUCAGUCGACUGGAGUGUGAAUCGAUCUUGCUGGUGACAACCAUACUAUUAAGUUCAGAUUUAUGAGUGUUAACUUUAAGUACAAAUGUACCCAUUAUGGGUGUUGCUGUCAGAUACAGAUAUACCAAGUGUUUUAUCUGUCAAGUACAGAUGUAGUUGGAGUUUUAUUGUUAAGUACAGAAGGAACAGGUGUUACGUUGAAGUACAGAUGCACACAGUCAUGCUUUCAUGUACAGAUGUUCUGAGCAUUUGGUACUUGAAUACCAGCAAGACAUGUAUAAUGAUUAAGAUUAUGAGAUAGCAGCAAAUGUGCCAAUGAUAUUGUGCUUAUUAUAAUAUUUAAUAAUGUGCAGAUUUGAAUGCGGAUAUUAAAAUGGGAAGAAUCUGUUUGGUUAUAUUGGAAUAUUUAGUAAUACUAUAUUUAUUAACCUGAACACUGCAUUUACAGUAUUUUAAAUGUUUCUUUUUGUUAUAUUCUUGUUGUAGGAUAACACAUUAUUUCAGUUUAUAUUAAUUUAAUUAAGCUCAAUUGCGAUGAAAGCUUAAAGCUUAUUUGAACCACUCUCAAGUCUGCUUCCUGGAAAAACCAGCACUGGUGUCAUUUGAGAGGUCAUGGUCGUGACCCUAGUGGGGCUCGAACCCACGACCUCCGGGUUGAGCGGCUGACACCUUAACCACUAGACCACCGCUCCCCUUAAGCACAUUAUUUUUCAGAUCAAGGCAUUUCAAAGAUACUUAUCACUUAAUUAAUCAUGUUCUUUGUGUCAUGCCAUGGGCACAAAAUGCAUACCAUUUUUGUCCAAGAAAAGCCCGUGUUUGAAGGUGACAAUUCUUUUCACUAUUUGUUGAUAACAGUUUCCUCUUGAAGAAUUUUAACUUUAUUUUUGCUGCUUGUAUAUAGUCAGAUUUCUUUACAGUAAUCAUUUUAUUGAUAAUAAAGUCUUAAUCCACGUCAAUUUAGUUAUUAUAUUUUUUACAUUUGUAUUUUGCAUUUAAACAAGCUUUCAUAUAUUCAAAGUCUUAUUAGUUUAUGAUUGUUAGGGGAUAAGAAAUCUCUCUAUAUGCUCACCAGUUGCAGUUACUUCACCAGUGUUAUUAUGCUCCUCAAAGGGGAAGCAUAUAGUUGCUGCUUUGUCCAUCUGUGUGUCUGUCCAUUCCACAAUUUUUGUACGUAGUUUUUAUCAGCAACCACUAGUUGAAAUUUAGCAUUUUUUUUGGGUCGCAAGAUUUUUCACCGAGUUAUUGCCCUAUGAUUAUUCAACAUUGGUGUACUAUUGUACCAUUUUGUCUGGAGUAUUCCUCGGACAGCAACCACGUGCUGGAAUUCAUCAAAACUUCAUAGGAAGUUUUACUCUUAACAGGAGAUACGCAUAUCAUCUUUCUAUUCGGGUGAUUUUUCACUGACUUAUUGCCCUUUGAUUAUUUAACAUUAUUCUUUCAGUAGUAUUCCAACCACUAGCAACUUCAUAGGAGGCUGUACUGCUAAGAGGAGAUGCGCAUAAGAUGUUGUUGUUGGACAAUUCUUCACUGAGUUAUUGCCCUUUGAUUAUUUGACGUAUACUUUAGUACCAUUACUUGUCAGGAGUGGUCCUCCGUAACCACUAGCUGGAAACUUCAUAGGAAGUUUCAUUCUGAAGAGGAGAUGCGUAUUUUUUCUUCAUGUUUUGGUUGGAUGAUUUUUCACUGACUGACCUUUUAGUAUUAACACAGUAUAGAAUCUACUAAAGAACCAUUUCUUGUCCAUAGUAUUCCUGGGCAACCACUAGCUAGAAUUCAUCAAACUUUGAUAGGAAGUGGAGAUGCACAUAUUUUCUUGCCUACCUAGCGGGGAAAGUAUACGUUUAUCCGAGCACGCGCCAGGGAUAGAUAUUCCUGUCUUUCCCUAGGGAAAAAACUUGUCUAAAAUAGCGUGCACUAAGGUGACGUCACAUAGUACUGGUACCAUUGUGACGUCAUAAACUUUAUAAAUAAUGUCGGGAAAUACCCAAACCUACUUGUCUCCACGAUCUAUUUUGAACAUGAUAGGCAAGAAAAAUGAUCUAACAUGUCUGCCUGUGUAAGAAAGCUGUUUUCCCUACCCUCGGGACAGCAUAGAUAAAAAACCUCGCUAACGCUCGGUUUUCCAAUCCACACUGUCCCUCGGGUAGGGAAAACCCCGUCUUACACAGGCAGGCAUGUAAGAUCCUUAUAGUCUUCAUGUUCCAGUCGGAUGAUCUUUCUUUGAUUAUUAUUCAACAUUCCAUUUGUUGUCCAGAGUAUUCCUCAGCAACCACUGGAUUGAAUUUGUCGAAACUUCAUAGGAAGCAUUCUUCUUAAGAGAUGUGCAUAUUAACUUCAUUUACUGGUCAACAAUUUUUCACAGAGUUCUUGCCCUUAACUUUAGUAUACUAAAGUACCAUUUUUUGUCUGGAGUAUACCUCAGCAAUAGGCUAAGAACAGGAGAAUUACAAGGCAAACUCCAUUUUUAUUCGACGUUUCGACAAUUCAUUUUGUCUUCAUCAGGAAGUCAACAAAAUUCAGUGAACCUUCAUAGGAAGCUUCACUUUCAAAAGGAGAUUCAUGUUAUGGUCAGAUGGUUUUCACUUAGUUAUUGCCCUUUGAUUAUUCAAAAUUAGUGUAAUAUAGUUCAAUUUCUUGUCUGGAAUUUUCUGUAGCAACCAUUCGCUGAUAUUUAGCAAAACUUCAUAGAGGAGAGGUAGAUAUCUAGUGCACACUUCUUAGCAACUACUUGCUGGUGUUCUUUGAAAUUUCUUUGGAAGCAAAGUGUGUGCCCAAACAAUGAUAUCCACUUUAGUUCUUUUAAUAUGCAAUAAUCAUAUUUCGGGGAGCAUCAAUCAUUUUAACCAAUAUUUUCUUGUUAAUCUUGUUGUGUGUAGAUUCUUGUGUUUCGUUUCCAGAUAGACAAUUUGAAUUUUUUUGUUGCAUCAAUGUUUGUGUCAAAGAAUUUUUGUUUGCAAGUAGGUUUCUCAUAAACUACCAGGCCAACUGCUUUCAAAACAGAGCCAUACUUAUUGAAAAAUAUUUUAGUCUGUUCAGAUAAAUAGCAAUUAGUGGAAGAUAAUCUUUCUCAGUAAUUCUGUGUUACACUGCCCUGAAAUUCAUUGAUAACUUUCAUUAAAUAAUUUUUUCUCGUUACAGAUAAAUGAUCUUGUCUUCAUAAAAAGGUGCAAAUAUGUACUGUUCUGCUGUAAUAUAUGUGAUUUCAAAGGUUGACAUUAUUUACUGAAGUAUUUCAGACUACAUUUCUGUACAUUUUUACAUGUAUUUUUGAAGAGAUGUUCUUUAUUUUUCUGUUAGAAGAUUUAACAUUGUAACUUGUUGGGGUACCAAAUUACAGUACAAUUUUGGUUGUGUAUUAUACCCUUCCUUAAAUCACUAGGGACAAUGUAUGUGUGUAUUUGAUGUUUGUAUUUCGUUUUCAUUUUGUUUAGUAAAAUUGUGCAAUCAUGAUUCAAAUUACGAGUACUUUCCUCAGCUUAGCUAACAUUACAAACAAUAACCUUGGUUAAGGUCAAGGAUAUGAGAGAGUAGUAUCAAGAUGGGCAUUUAUCACCUGAUAUUUGUAUCAUAUACUAGUAGUUUACUUAUUGUUGGCCAAAGCUUUGAAAAUAUUUCUUCUCUUAAUGGUGUUAACUACUUUGUAACAGGAGAACAGAUGUCAUUUUGGAGAUACUGAAAGGUUUUUAAUAUUGAAACAUUUGAACAAAACACUUAGGAUAUGGACCACAUGAAGACAGGGCACAGAAUGUGUUGAUCAGGUUCAUCUAAAACAAAUUAUAAGGUAUAGUUAUUUACAAGUUCUUAUUUUUGCACUUUUAUAUAUUUUUUAAAGUUUUUCCUGAAUGAUUCUGCUAGAUUGUAUAAGCAUGUAUUACAGAAGGUAAAAUAAAAAUUGGAAGAAUA